GACAGAGCGCAAGUUUCCACACGGACUCGCACUGCUUGUGAUUCUCCUGCACCGUGGUUUCUCUUUAUGGAUGUUUUCUGUAAAGUUUGGUAGCGGUGGAUUGAUAAGAGUCUGUUCUUCCAGCAGAAACAACCCGCGUCACUGCGCAUUGAUCUGAUCCGGCAUGUCUCAGGACAGUCAGCACGGCAAGUGGACCAUCUCCAGCAGUGAUGAUGAUAACGAUGAGGCUCUUCCUCCUUCAGGGACUGCAACAUCUGGUUCCCGUCAACCCACUGAGUCCAGUCACAGUUCCUACCGAUCUGCUACUCCAUCACCACCCGUGGAGGUGAAACCAGAGCCGGCCAAACCACCAGUGUCCUCUCUCGCUGUUGGCUCAGAAGCCAGGCAGUCAGCCGCUAAGAACAAGUUAAACCCAGUGAAGUAUGAAACCAGUCCUUCACUGGCUGGAAAACGCAAGAAAGUGGCGUCAGAUAGCACGGGCUGGGCUCUCUCUGAUAGUGAUGAAGAUGAUGGAGAGGUGAAGGGGAAGAGUCUGAGUGACUUGCCAAAGAAGGCGCCUCCAAACCCCAAAACAAAGAAGCCAAAGGUGGAGAGCGAGCGUCCUCCAAGUCCUCACGGCCGACUUUACUACAUCGAUGAGCCCGAUGACUUCUUUGAGUCCUGUCUUCCUCCACUAAAUGACACCUACAGGUUUUACCUCAACAAAGUCACAGGACUAGAAAAGAAGUACAACAGUGGCGCUCUGCAUAUCCGGGACAUUCUUUCCCCAUUAUUUGGCACCUUGAAAGAAUCGGUUCAGUUUAACUAUUGCUUUGAUAUUGCCUGGAUGGUGAAGCAGUACCCAUCAGAGUUUAGGGAUCGCCCAGUUCUGAUUGUACAUGGUGAUAAGAGGGAGGCCAAAGCUCGACUCAUCCAGCAGGCUCAGCCCUUUCCACAUGUGCGCUUCUGCCAGGCCAAGCUGGACAUUGCUUUUGGAACUCACCAUACGAAAAUGAUGUUGCUGUGGUAUGAGGAAGGCUUCAGAGUCAUCAUUUUGACCUCUAAUCUCAUCAGAGCUGACUGGUACCAGAAAACACAAGGGAUGUGGAUGAGCCCUCUGUACCCUCGGUUACCAAAGGAAAGCAGUGCAAGCGCUGGUGAGUCGCCCACCUUCUUUAAGAGGGACCUGCUGGAGUAUCUGGCAUCGUACCGUGCUCCAGAACUUGAAGAGUGGAUCCAGAGAAUCAAAGAGCAUGACCUGUCAGAGACUAGAGUAUAUUUAGUUGGCUCGACCCCAGGAAGAUAUGUAGGUUCAGAUAUGGAGCGCUGGGGCCACCUGAGGCUGAGGAAGCUGUUGUACGAGCACACAAAUCCCAUUCCUGGCGAGGAAAGGUGGCCAGUGAUUGGCCAGUUUUCCAGCAUCGGCUCUAUGGGAUUGGAUAAAUCUAAGUGGUUGGCGGGGGAAUUUCAGCGCACCCUGACCACACUAGGAAAAUCCUCUCUUCGCCCAGACCCUCCUAUGCACUUGCUUUAUCCAUCAGUAGAAGAUGUGAGGAUGAGUUUAGAGGGAUAUCCAGCUGGAGGCUCUCUUCCCUACAGUAUCCAGACAGCUCAGAAACAACUUUGGCUCCAUUCUUACUUUCACCGCUGGAAGGCAGAAGCAACAGGGAGGAGUCACGCCAUGCCACAUAUCAAGACAUACAUGAGGGCAUCUCCAGAUUUCUCUCAGCUUGCCUGGUUCCUUGUCACAAGUGCUAAUCUCUCCAAGGCGGCAUGGGGUGCGCUAGAGAAGAACAACACUCAGAUGAUGGUGCGUUCGUACGAGCUGGGAGUCCUCUAUCUGCCGUCCGCCUUUGGCAUGAAGACAUUCUCUGUUGACAAAAAUCCAUUUCCGGUCUCUGCGUCCUUCUCGGGUUUCCCUGUGCCGUUCGAUCUCCCCCCUACAUCCUACACUACUAAAGAUCAGCCUUGGAUCUGGAACAUUCCUUACAGCCAGGCUCCCGACACACAUGGCAACAUCUGGGUUCCCUCCUGAUCACACGCACACACGUCUCGUUUGAAGGUCUGCUGUCUGUACCUGUUAGUUACUGUGUUUAGUUGUUAGUGGUCAUUAACAUUUUUCUAAAUAUUUUUAUACUGUACCAUAUACUCUUCUACCAGUAAAUAAAAUAUUGUUAGAUUUGUGUA